AUGGACAAGUCAGAGAGCCAGAUGGAGAUGGUGGAGGGAGCCAGCCCAGCAGGGCAGAAGGGCCGCGGCUUCCUGGAGUUGGGACUGCUGCUGCUACUGCUGCUGGUGGCCGGAGCCCUGGUGGCCCUGGGUGUCCUCUACGCCAACAGCAGAGGGACGUGGCUGCCACCUUUAACUGGUCUGCUUUGUUUCUCAAAGGACGAGAGGACCAGUGUAGAGCGGAGACCCCGAGGGGCUCCAGCCAUCCAAGAGAUGAACAAGAUCUGUACCACUCCUGGCUGUGUGAUCGCAGCUGCCAGGAUCCUUCAAAACAUGGACCCAUCCCAGGAACCGUGUGAUGACUUCUACCAAUACGCGUGUGGUGGUUGGCUGAAGCACCACGUGAUCCCCGAGACCAACUCUCGGUACAGCGUCUUCGACAUCCUUCGGGAUGAACUGGAAGUCAUCCUCAAAGGGGUGCUGGAGAAUUCCACCUCCAAGGACCGGCCGGCUGUGAAGAAGGCCAAGGCAUUGUACCGCUCCUGCAUGAAUGAGAGCAUGAUUGAGAAGCGAGACUCCCAGCCACUGCUGGACAUCUUGGAGGUAGUGGGAGGCUGGCCAGUGGCCACCAACAAUUGGACCAAGACCACAGGCCUCAGGUGGGAGUUGGAACAGCAGCUGGCUAUGAUGAACACUCAGUUCAACAAGCGUUUGCUCAUCGACCUCUUCAUCUGGAAUGAUGACCAGAACUCCAGUCGCCACAUCAUCUAUAUAGACCAGCCCACCCUGGGUAUGCCAUCCCGGGAGUACUACUUCAACGGGGGCAGCAGCCAGAAGGUGCGGGAGGCUUACCUGCAGUUCAUGAUCUCUGUGGCUACAAUGUUGAGGGCUGACAUGAACCUCCCCAAGAAUGACUUCCUGGUGCAGAAGGACAUGGCCAACGUGCUGCAUCUGGAGACACAGCUAGCAAAUGCCACGGCACCCCAGGAGGAAAGGCAUGAUGUCACUGCACUGUACCACCGGAUGGAUCUCCAGGAGCUUCAGAGCAGAUUUAACCUGAAGGGAUUUAACUGGACUGUCUUCAUACAAACGGUGCUAGCCUCUGUCAGAAUCAAGCUGCAGCCAAAUGAGGAAGUGGUGGUCUAUGGCAUCCCCUACCUCAAGAGCCUUGAGGACAUCAUAGAUGCCUAUUCAGCCAGGACCAUGCAGAAUUAUCUGAUUUGGCGCCUGGUACUUGACCACAUCAGCAAUCUGAGCCAGCGAUUCAAGGACACGCGAAUGAAUUAUCGAAAGGCGCUGUAUGGUACGACGGUGGAGGAGGCGCGCUGGCGGGAGUGCGUCAGUUACGUCAACAGCAACAUGGAGAAUGCCGUGGGUUCUCUCUACGUCAGGGAGGCCUUCCCCAGAAACAGCAAGAAGAUGGUGAGAAAGCUCAUUGACAAGGUGCGGGCAGUAUUUGUGGAGACUCUGGACGAGCUGGGCUGGAUGGACGAGGAGUCCAAGCACAAAGCCCAGGAGAAGGCCAUGAAUAUCCGGGAGCAGAUUGGUUAUCCUGAGUACAUCCUGGACGAAAGGAACCAGCAACUAGACGAGGAGUAUUCCAACCUGAACUUCUCCGAGGACCUAUACUUUGAGAACAGCCUGCAGAACCUCAAGGCUGGCGCCCAGAGGAGCCUUAAAAAGUUGCGGGAGAAGGUGGACCCGAACCUCUGGAUCAUAGGAGCAGCGGUGGUCAACGCAUUCUACUCCCCAAACCGAAACCAGAUUGUAUUCCCCGCUGGGAUUCUCCAGCCCCCAUUCUUUAGCAAGGAGCAGCCGCAAGCCUUGAACUUUGGGGGUAUCGGCAUGGUGAUCGGGCAUGAAAUCACCCACGGCUUUGACGACAAUGGCCGGAAUUUUGACAAAGACGGCAACAUGCUGGAUUGGUGGAGCAACUUUUCUGCUCAGCACUUCCGAGACCAGUCCGAGUGCAUGGUCUACCAGUAUGGAAACUACAGCUGGGACCUGGCCGACGAGCUCAACGUGAAUGGGUUCAGCACACUUGGGGAGAACAUUGCAGACAACGGAGGGGUGCGGCAGGCAUAUAAGGCUUACCUGAAGUGGCUGAUGGAAGGCGGUCAGGACUUCCAGCUGCCAGGCCUGGAAAUGACCCAUAACCAGCUUUUCUUCAUCAACUACGCCCAGGUGUGGUGCGGCUCUUACCGGCCCGAGUUCGCCAUCCAGUCCAUUAAGACGGAUGUCCACAGUCCCCUAAAGUACAGAGUGUUGGGCUCACUGCAGAACCUGGCUGCCUUUGCGGACGCGUUCCACUGCGCACGGGGCACCCCGAUGCACCCGAAGGAGCGAUGCCGCAUCUGGUAG